AUGGAGACGCCCACCCCAUGGAGGGUCCUCGAGUUCUACAGCGGUAUCGGCGGCAUGCGGUACUCCCUUGCGUCGUCGGGCGUUCGAGCGGAGGUGGUGGAGGCCUUUGACAUCAACGACGUCGCCAACGACGUCUACGAGCACAACUUCGGCCACCGCCCCUCCCAGGGAAACAUUCAAACACUCACUGCUGGUGAUCUAGAUAAGUACAAGGCACAUGCAUGGCUCCUUUCUCCUCCAUGUCAACCAUACACACGGCAAGGACUUCAGAAACAUUCAGCUGAUGCUCGGGCAUUUUCAUUUAUAAAGAUUUUAAACCUUAUGCAAAACAUGAGCUUUCCUCCACAAAUGUUAUUUGUGGAAAAUGUUGUCGGAUUCGAGGUGUCUGAUACACACGACCAGUUGUUAGCGGUCCUUUCAACUCUCAAUUUCAACACACAAGAAUUCAUCCUAAGCCCCUUGCAGUUUGGUGUCCCAUAUUCUAGACCGCGCUACUUCUGUUUGGCAAAACAGGAAUCUAUGUCUUUUCCAAAUCCAUCAGUCAAUGACAAGCUGCUUAGGGCACCUACAUGCCUAACAUUGAACACUAUGAGAACUCAGAUUAGCUAUGACCAGAAUGAAGAUGAUCUGGAAGUAGUAUGUAAUCCAAUAAGAAACUUCCUUGAAGCACAGAGUAUUGGAGAUAAGGAAUGUUCAGCCAUCAUCUCUGACUUUAAGGAGGCUGAUGGAUGCACUCUGAUUGAAACUGCUUCACAUGACUACACAGUUCCACUAAGCUUGAUUGAACGGUGGGGAAAUGCUAUGGAUAUUGUAUACCCUGAAUCAAAACGGUGCUGCUGUUUUACUAAAAGUUAUUAUCGCUAUGUGAAGGGCACAGGCUCUGUACUGGUUACAUCUAAAAACCUCAAACCAGUUCCAAAAGAGAACCUUGAAAUGUCUUCACUGAAUGAGUUGGGUUUACGGUUUUUCACCCCUCGAGAGGUCGCUAAUUUGCAUUCAUUUCCCCCGAGUUUCCGUUUUCCGGGUCACAUAAGCCUCAGACAACAGUAUGCCAUGCUGGGUAAUAGUCUGAGCGUAGCGGUUGUGGCUCCUUUGCUGCGCUAUCUGUUUGCCGAGACAUAG